AUGGCCAACACAGUAACCCCAAGUCCCUCGAAGGCUCGCACUAUCAAGCGGAAAGCAACUCUUCAGUUCGAACUAGAACCAGAAGUCAUCGUACUUGGCCCUGGAGAAUCUCCUACGCAGAAGUCGGAUAAUGCUACCAGCAACAACCCCGCUGUUUCGUCGUUCUGUAUAUCUUCCCUCAAUGCCCCACAGUUCGACAUCGAAAAAACAUUCCCGAUGAUCCUCGAUCCCGCCAGACGUCUCCGCGAAGCCGCAGACGCACAGGACAUUUCAUCAAUCCGUACUUUGUCCCUGAACUUUUUGCACAAUUUUACUACGGUUUUACGCUCGAUGACGCAGCUCCCCCAGGUCGUUCUAAAUGCCUCGGGCUACAGGAACGCUGAGUCCGGAGUCCGGCACUACAGGCUGCUCUUCAUGAGUCAUGUCAACCUCCUUGACGACAAGAACUUCGAACCGGUUUGCAGGAGGCAAUUUAGUUGUGAGAUUCUCGAAUCUUUGGACGCGGCCAUGUCUAGCCUGAAAAGGCUCAUGAAAGUUGCCGAGCGCGAGAUGCAAUGUGAAGAGGAGGUUGAAGCGGAGGAGACAGACGCGGAGGAGGUAAAGGCGGAAGAAGCGCAAGCAGAUAGCGACCACUUCAAUGGAGCUCGCCGAAAUUCUUUACUGUCAGAGGAUACCCACCAGUCUAGCGAAGGAACAUCGACCGACAGGACAUGCGUUGAAGAGAUGGACGAUCUGGGUUCUCUUGUCCAGCCCCUGGCGAUCAAACGUACAAAACGAGGACUGGCUGCCAUCCUUGCGCCACUCUCAUUCAACUUGCGCCGCACGAUUUCGCAACCAUUUUUAAAGGCGGACAAAGUGACACCUGUCGAGAAACUCACGACCCGCGCAAGCCAUGUUCGCGCGACUGCGAAUAUCAGGAACUCGAUUGCCCUCUUUCCCGAGCUAUUUGAUGGCAAGCUGGAGAAUUCCUUCCCUCACCCAGAUGAUAGAAUGGAGUUCUUCAGCUGGCCUCAGUUAAAGGGCCUCGUCAGGUAUCUAACAUCUGCAGUCUCUGAUGACGACCUGGAGCUCUCAGAUGUCUUCUUCCUCUGCUUCCGCUACUUUUCGACUCCAACACUCGUUCUUGAGGCUUUCGUGGAGCGAUACAAGGAGAAUUUGCUUAGUUGCUUGUCUCCCGACAAAGCUCCCAUUCAGUCCAUGCACGUCAAGAUGCGUGUAGCUCGCUUGCUUAACCAGUGGGUCGAUCUUCAUUGGCGCCACUCGGAAGAUCAAGAAGUCUUCGCGCCUCUCCUGCAAUUCGCAUUCUCUGAUCUCUCUCGAGAUCUCCCCCGCAAUGUCUCCUCGACACUUAUCGACACAUUGCACAACGUCGCGUGCGCCGAAGAAUACAAUGGACGUCGCCUCGAAAAGACGGUUCAACUUAUUCAGGGCUCUUCGCCAUCUGAAGAGCUCCACAGCUUAUGGGAGCCUCGCGACAAGAAGGCGAUGGUUAAGGGGGAGUUUACGAAGAUCAAGUUGUCUAACUUCGAUUCUCCUCAAGGAAUGGAACUCCUGGCCCAUCAACUCACCCUCCUCUUGUGGGAGAAGUUCCGGGACUUCCAGCCCGAGGAUGCUGCGCGCUUUUGGGUGGAGGAGGCAACUGGAAAGUCCACUUAUGGCUUUUCCAAUGACGCUGGGACGAAGGUGACCACUUAUGCUUCCUUUGAGAAGGCCCUUCAUCUUUGGGCGCUGGAUGUCAUCGUGUCUGCGCAGUCGAUGGAGGAUCGUAUCGGGAAGAUUCAGUUUAUCCUGGAAUGGGCACGAGAAUGUCACAUCAUCAGAAACUACGCUGGUUCAUGGGCAUUGUUUUCCGCGUGCGACAGACAGAGUUUGGUUGGGUCUUUAUCGAACCUCGGUGUCAGGCAUGACGAGAUUCUACACGCUCUACGUCUCUUUUUCAGCCACACAAACCGCAUGAAGGCCUACAAGGACGCGAUCCAAAGUAGUCAUGGACCCACUCUGCCCACCCUUGUUCUUUUCAUAGGCGACGUAAAGCGCCAGUGUGGUAAUGAGGAACGUGUAGACCACCCAAAUGCGCCGGGACAUAAGCUCAUCAACCUAAGGCGUUACCGCCCUCUCACGCGAGCUGUCCGAGACAUGGAGAGAUGCCAUACCCCCUAUUACAUCCAGCGUGUAGAUUACGUCUGCCAGUGGAUAGAGGAGGUCAUCUGCUCUUACCUCAGUCGCCCGGAAGCGGAAUGGGAGGACAUAUUUUAUGACAAAAGCCGGCGUCUAGGGAAGAAGAUAAACCGGAAAUGCAGUAUCUAUUUGUAACAACAAUAUUCGUUUUUCUUGUCGAUGCUUUGUUGCUUUGUUGCUUUUCGUUCCAACGUUUUAUUGACUGGCUUAUAUUCCAGUCUGUACGCAUUAGUCUGCUUUCGUUCACCAUGUACAUUUUUCUUGUCGAUGCUUUGUUGCUUUGUUGCUUUUCAUUCCAACGUUUUAUUGACUGGCUUAUAUUUCAGUCUGGACGCAUUAGUCUGCUUUCGUUCACCGUGUACAUUUUUCUUGUCGAUGCUUUGUUGCUUUUCGUUCCAACGUUUUAUUGACUGACUUAUAUUUCAGUCCACACACAUUCAUUUGCUUCGGUUGCUUUCGUUGACCACGUAUACGCAUAAACACGUUCACUCAUUAGCUUU